UUGGCUUGGUCUUCGUUGCCAUAGGAACGGAUAGAUUUCCCACUUCCGUGAAUAAUGUGGGAAAGCAUCUAAUAUCCAGUCAUUAUGGACACAAAUGUGCAAAAGAGACGUGAAAAGAAGUCAUUGCGUGUGAAGGUUAUCAGCUUGGGCAACGCUGAAGUCGGAAAGAGUUGUAUCAUUAAACGCUAUUGCGAGAAGAGGUUUGUUCCCAAAUACCUGGCCACAAUUGGAAUUGACUAUGGGGUCACCAAGGUACAAGUCCGUGACCGUGAAAUUAAAGUGAACAUCUUUGAUAUGGCAGGGCAUCCUUUUUUCUAUGAGGUGCGUAAUGAGUUUUACAAAGACUCCCAGGGGGUCAUCCUGGUGUAUGACGUGGGGCUGAGGGAGAGCUUCGAUGCCCUAGACAGCUGGCUGACCGAGAUGAAGCAGGAGAUGGGCUCCCAGGCUAACAUGGAGAGCAUCGUCUUUGUUGUCUGUGGCAACAAGGUGGACCUGACCAAGAGGAGAGUGGUGGACGAGAGUGAGGGCAGGCUGUGGGCUGAGAGUCGAGGCUUUCACUACUUUGAGACCUCUGCACAGAGUGGCGAGGGCAUCAGUGAAAUGUUUCAGGCCUUCUUCUCGUCUAUAACGGACAUGUGUGAAAACGGAGGGAAGAGGCCAACACCAGAGGUCAACGCAGGUUUCACCAAGGAGCAGGCGGACACCAUCCGCCGCAUCCGCAACAGCAAAGACAGCUGGGAUAUGCUGGGGGUGAAGCCAGGGGCCACACGGGAAGAGGUGAACAAAGCCUACAGGAAGCUGGCUGUUCUUCUCCAUCCAGACAAAUGUGUGGCACCGGGCAGCGAAGACGCUUUCAAGGCUGUGGUGAACGCUCGCACCUCACUCCUCAAAAACAUCAAGUAGGGUUGCAGAAACGUGUUUCAUUUGUACUCCCAUCUGAAUACUCUUCAGAAUUACUGUCUAGGAGGGAGGGUGUUGGGGAUGGGUCUACCAUUCUUUUAUCCACCACGACAGAAAAUCACCAUGGAUGUGCCACCAUACCUUUCAUAUCUCAAGGGUUCACUGUUGUGUUAUUUCAGUUCAUAUUUAAUUAAAAUAUAGCUAUUAUGCCUAUUGAUUUGUUAAAAUCAAGCUGGGGCUGCUGUUCUGACUUGUCAAUCAUUCUGCUAAGACUGGUAUUAUUACAUUCUACAACAGAGGUUUUCAGCCAGUGGUCUGCUGAUCACCUGAAUCACUAUUUUCUAUAGAGUAGUGGUCCCCAUUUUGCUUUCUUAGUCAGAAUGGUGGCCCUGGGGUCACAAUCAGUUGAAAACCCCUGCUCUAAACGAUUGGGCCUUUGGGAGAGAAAGGUAAAAUAGGAAGUGAUGCAUACCGUAAUACAGUUGGAGCAAACAGAUAUCUGUUGUGUUGGUCAGCUCUGUGGAGGUUCAUGAUUGAGCAGUUUAUUGUUGUGCUCAUUAAAAAAAGUGAAAUCUUUUUACAGGAAGCAUGCAAUCUGCAGUAUUCGUUUUUCUAACUGAAUGAGCUGCCCCUCUAAUCAUGCUCUGAAUUGUUCACUUCACACAUUGAGUCAAGCAGUUUAGCCUCUGAAUGAUUUCACUUUUUCUGACUGAGUUAUAUCUCCGUCUGAGAAAAUUGCAUCCUGGUACUUCAACAUCAGAAAGACUGGCCACUGCAUCAAGACAAAAUGUUUGUGUUAACAAAAUGGACACUGGCUGAGUUUCUCGAUGGGAGUUCUCUGAGGGGUUUCUCACUACCAGUGUAUUACCCUGAUCUUGCAAGGUUGUGGGCUUGAAGACCACUAAUGGUGUUACCUACCUGCAGUUUGUGUGUGAGCUUAAAGUAAUCCUUUCCUGGCGGCCCAAAGACCUUCAUGUCGACCCAUCCUAACACCUGAUUACCUCAACCACUCAGACAAAUACUGUGUAAUUUCCUGCAUCCUAACCACCAACAAUGAUUUCCUCUUUUUUUUGCUUGGUUAUUUUCUGUUUUGUGACCACAAGAUGGUGCUUGUGGUAGUCGGCAUUUUGUAUGUAAGUCUUUGUCAGUGUUUAUAUGUACAGCAAGUACUAUAAGGUUAUUUAAUUGAAAAUAUACAGUAUGCUUAUUUAUUGAAGAAAAAUAUAGCCUAUAUAUGGUGUGAAAUCUGUAUAAAUUGGUAUUGUGAUCUUGAACCACAAGUGAAUGAAAGACCUCUACACUUUUGCACGAAUUCUACACAGAUGUAUCAAAAUCUAUGUAGUUAGAAAGAUAUUCAUUUUAAAACUCUGAAAGACAGUCAUUAUAGAUGUUGACGUCAAAUCUGCACUUUCACUCCAGACCUUUAAAAAUUGAACUGAUAUCAUAGUAUUCUCCAAAUGAUAGAUUCCUCGGAAAAAAAAAAACAGUGAGAGACGUUGCUGUGAAA